AUGGAUUAUAAUGAAAAUAUGCUGAGUCCCAAAUUAGCCAGGUUAAGGAGGAGCUUAAUAUUGCACGACCAGAGAAGACAAAGACAACAACAUUCACUUGAACAAGAUUCAACGACGGGUUCAAGCAGGACACCAAUACUUCCCCUUAAGAGAAACUCAGCCGUGCUUAUGCGCGAAUCGUCUUCAUCACGGCAAUCGGACACGUCAAUCGAUCUAUCCUCAUUAACAAAUUUGGUUGAUCAUUCUCAACUGCAUGGGACUAGAAAUGACGUUACUGCAUCCAUAGAAAAAAACUGCCCCACCUUUUCCCACCCGAGGCGUACUCCUCUUGCAGACAUGUCUAACGUUCACCAAAGUAGCCACCAAGCUUAUGAUUCCAGCGUUGGAACUAUUCAGGAAAUAUAUCCCGAUCGCUCAAACGGUUGUAUGGAAAAUCUUCCCAAGAGCUAUAAUACCAACAAUAGACCACCCAUUGAAGUUGACAUUGGGACUAAUAACUGGAUCCAAUGGUUAUUUGAAAUUCGUUAUGGCACUAAUGAAACAUUUCUAUGGCAUUCCCGUUUUUAUAUUUGCAUCAGCGCAAGUCAAAAUGCAACCAACCAUGUAAGGAGGCAUGUAUGUGAAAAAUCUAAUGCAAAGCAUACCUACAAGCGCUCCACCAAACUCCAUCAUCAUAUUCACGGGAAUGUUCAAACUGUAUCACUAUCACAGAAGACACACCUUCCUUAUGUAGUCCCUGAGGCCUCAGCUAUAAUAGAUUAUCAAGACCAUCAACAGUUGGUGCACAAUGUGGCAGCUUUUCACGAGGAAGAUGCUUGGGAUGCAGGUGAUCCAGUGCACCGUUGUUUGUACUGCAAUGCAUCAAUGUGGGAAGACGAGAAACUAUCAAAAAGUAGGAGAAAUACUAUACCGAAAUUUGGACUAUGUUGCAUGGAUGGUAAAGUAGAACUUCCAAUACUAAAAAUGGUACCACAAACACUGCAGGACCUACAUAGUAUGAAUAACGACAGAGCAAGGUACUUCCAAAAAAAUAUAAGAAAAUUUAACUCGAUGUUUUCAUUUACAUCAAUGGCUGGAAAAGUCAAUCAUGCUAUCAAUAACGGGUCAGCACCACCAACUUUUUCUUUGAGUGGUCAAAACUACCAUUCCAUUGGAAGCUUAAUUCCUUCUGACAAUAAUAGGCCAAGGUUUGCUCAACUGUAUAUAUAUGACACUGAGAAUGAAGUGCAAAAUCGGGUAACAGUCGUGAGCUCUAUGGAAGCAUCAAAUAUUGUUGACUAUCAGAUUGUGACUGAUCUUAAAGAGAUGUUAGAUGUGCACAAUCCUCUUGCAAAGACCUUUCGGUUUGCCAGAGAUAGAUUUGCAGAGGGUUCAAACCCAAAAAUCAAAUUGAAGCUAAUCAGAAAGCGGGAUAAGGAUGGAAGAGUAUAUAACUUACCAACUGUGUCUGAGGUUGCAAUUUUAGUUGUAGGGGACAUUGACGACUCAAUUCUUGAGAGGGAUAUUAUAGUACAAUUCAUGUCAAACAAGUUGCAAAGGAUUGAUGUUCUACAUCCGUUGUACUUGGCUCUUCAAUAUCCUUUAUUAUUCCCUUACGGAGAAGAUGGUUUUAGGGUUGGCAUCCAAACAUCCGUUCGUUAUGGACUUGAUGCUAAUAAGAAACGGAAGACUAUCAGCAUGAGGGAGUUUUUUUCAUACCGAAUACAAAUGCGAUGCAAUGAAUCACCAAUACUUUUACAAUCAAGGAGAUUAUUUCAGCAAUUUUCAGUUGAUGCAUAUACUAUGAUCGAGGCAGAACGACUUAGCUUUAUUAGGCACAAUCAACCAAAGUUAAGGGUUGACAAGUAUAAUGCACUACAUGAGUCUUUGGUUCGGGGAGAGGCGAAUGCUGUGUCAACUAGGCAGAGGAUAAUCCUUCCUAGCAGCUUCACUGGAGGACCUAGAUACAUGUUUAAUAACUGUAAAGAUGCCUUUGCAAUUUGCAAGUAUGCGGGUUACCCAAGUUACUUUAUCACCAUAACAUGCAACCCUGAGUGGGAUGAGAUUAAGCGUCUUUUGAAAGAUACCGAAUUCAAAGCAGAAGAUCGGCCUGACAUAGUUUCAAGGAUUUUUAAUAUCAAGCUGAGUCAAUUGAUUGCAGACUUCAAGCAAGGAAAGUUCUUUGGCAAAAUAUCUGGCUUCGCGUUAUUUGCAGACGUGUGCACAGUUGAAUUCCAGAAGCGUGGUUUACCGCACGCUCAUAUACUGUUGUUCAUGAAUCCUCUAUUUAAACCAAAAACACCUGACGAUAUAGACAAGCAUAUAUCAGCAGAGAUCCCUGACAAGCAUAGCAGGCCUAAGCUAUAUGCAGCCGUUGAGAAGUUCAUGGUCCAUGGUCCAUGUGGCAGGCAUAACAAUUCCAGCCCAUGCAUGUCCAACGGUCGUUGCUCUAAGUUUUUUCCGAAACAAUUUAGAUCAAGGACUGUAAUUGAUGAGGCAGGAUUUCCCAAGUAUAGAAGAAGAGACAAUGGCAGAACAAUCAUGAAGAAAAACAUAGUUCUCGAUAACUCAUACAUUGUCCCGUACAACCGAUCGUUGUUGCUAAAGUACUGUUGCCAUAUCAACGUUGAGCAUACAUGUCAAACAUCGGCAAUAAAAUAUCUUUUUAAGUAUGUUCACAAAGGAAAUGAUCGUGUCACUGCUUCUUUCUAUCAGAGCAACGAAGAAGGGCAACUUGAAAAGGUUAUUGAUGAGAUCAGGAAUUAUUACGAUUGUAGGUACAUAUCAGCCUGCGAAGCUGUUUGGAGAAUAUUUGGAUACGACAUACAACAAAAAGAACCUUCAGUCAUUAGAUUACCUUUUCACUUGCCGGACGAACAUCCGGUGGUUUUUAGAGACUAUGAAAACAUAGUUGACGUCAUUGACAGGGUUGAUGGCAGGCCUACAAAGAUGCUAGCAUGGAUGCUUGCAAAUAGGUUGUUUCCAUUUGGUCGUACUCUUACAUAUAGCCAGUUUCCAAAUAAGUUCGUCUGGAAGGAAGACAUUUCUUUGUGGAUGCCAAGGAAACAAGGAUUCUCAAUCGGCAGACUUACUCAUGUUCCACGAGGAAGUGGUGAAGAUUAUUACUUAAGACUUUUGCUCAACAUUCAAAAGGGGUGUGUAAGUUUUGUUGACAUACGUACAGUUGCAGGCGUUGUGUACAGCACAUUCAAGGAAGCAUGUUACGCAUUGGGCCUUCUGCAAGAUGACAAAGAAUUUGUUGAUGCCAUCUUAGAAGCAGGUAAUUGGGCUUCUGCAAACUACAUCCGUGACCUUUUCGUGGUGCUCUUAUUGUCAAACAAUAUGGGCAGGCCUGAAAAUGUGUGGCAACAAUGUUACAAUGUUUUGUCUGAAGACAUUCUUUAUUUUCAGAGAAAAUCCAUACAGUCUGUAGAUCUGCAACUAUCCGAAGAUCAGAUAAUGAAUCUAACACUUUCAAAGAUAGAGGAAAAACUACAGGCUAAUGGCAGAUCACUCAGAGAGUUUGAUGGGAUGCCUUUUCCAAGCUUUGGCACUAUUGAAGGGUUAGAUGAUCGGUUAAUCAUGGAUGAAUUAAACUUUGACGUCGAUGCUCUGCGCAAUCAGUUGGAUACGAACUUAACAAACAUGAACGUAGAUCAAAGGAAAGCAUUCGAUGUGAUUAUCAAUGCAGUAAAUGAAAAUCAAGGGGGCUUUUUUUUCGUCUAUGGGUAUGGUGGAACCGGUAAGACAUUUCUCUACAACACUCUCUCAGCAGCUAUAAGGAGCAAAGGGGAAAUUGUUCUGAAUGUGGCAUCUAGCGGUAUUGCUUCUUUGUUGCUUCCAAAUGGACGCACUGCACAUUCAAGGUUUAAGAUACCCUUGGACUUGAACGAGGACUCGAUUUGUUGCAUUAAGCAAGGCACCUCAUUGUCUAAGCUGGUUUGCAGAGCAAAACUUAUUAUAUGGGAUGAGACACCAAUGUUGAAUAAACUGUGCUAUGAAGCUCUCGACAGAUGCCUAAGGGACAUUGUUAGGUUUGAGCCUUACUAUAAUUCAGAACUACCAUUUGGAGGAAAGGUUGUGGUUUUAGGUGGUGACUUCAGGCAAAUUCUACCUGUAAUUCCAAUGGGAUCUCGCCAAGAUAUUGUCCAAGCUACCAUAAACUCAUCUUACCUAUGGGAACACUGUAACGUAUUAAGGCUAACAAUUAACAUGUGUUUAACUGUUAGGGCAACUUAUACGUCACUCAGUGAUGUUUCUCAGUUUGCUUCAUGGUUGCUAGACAUAGGUGAUGGUAUUGCUGGAGAUUCCACUGAUGGUGAGUCUAUUGUGGUAAUUCCGGAUGAAAUUAUAAUUCAAGAUUUUGACCAAUUGGUUGACUUUGUUUAUCCCGACCUGUUGGUUAAUAUCAACAACACAUCAUUCUUCAAAGAUCGUUCAAUUUUGGCCCCAACGCUAGAAGUUGUCAACGAUGUAAACUCAUUUAUAAUGCAACGUGUGGAUGCCGAUGCGAAAACUUAUUUAAGCUCAAAUACUUUGUGUCUCGAAGAAGGAAACAUGGAAUCUGAAUUGGAUACGCUUACACCAGAUGUCCUUAAUGCAAUUAAUUGCUCUGGUUUGCCGCCCCAUGAGUUGACUCUGAAAGUGGGUCUUCCGGUCAUGCUACUACGUAACAUUGACCAGUCAAACGGAUUAUGUAAUGGAACAAGAUUACAGGUAAGGAGAUUAGGUAACCAUGUAAUUGAAUGCAUUACGCUAACAGGAGGCAAAAUGGGCCAAGUCGUCCUGAUACCGCGCAUGAAUAUGAUUCCCAAUAACCAGUCUUUGCCAUUUAGAUUCCAACGAAGACAGUUCCCGAUCAUUGUUUCAUUCGCUAUGACCAUUAACAAAUCUCAAGGACAGACCUUAAGCACAGUUGGAUUGUAUUUACCAAGACCGGUAUUUACGCACGGUCAACUAUACGUUGCAUUAUCAAGAGUAACGUCAAAGAGUGGCUUGCGAGUGCUAAUUUAG